UGGAGUUUCAAGACUAGAAGCAGCAUCGAAUAAUAAACCGAGAUUACCCCGUAGGCCGCGUAGGCCGCGCAGGCCGCGUAGGCCAUCCAAUAGGCCGAGCCGUCAGGAGCAACUCUCUGACAGCGAAUACCAGAACCCUUCGUCGAAAAAAACGCUGUGCAUCUUCUCUCCACCCAAGGAGUUCUGUGUAGUUCAGAUGAAGGAUACGUCCAGGUCGGACCUGCAGGAGGAGCUCAACCCGCCCGAUGACGGCGUUGCCGACGACGUUACCAAUGAACGGUUUGCCGUAGACGGUGUUGCCGACGACGUUACCAAUGAACGAUUUGCCGAAGACGGCGUUGCCGACGACGUUACCAAUGAACGGUUUGCCGUAGACGGUGUUGCCGACGACGUUACCAAUGAACGAUUUGCCGAAGAUGGCGUUGCCGACGACGUUACCAAUGAACGGGUUGCCGAAGACGGUGUUGCCGACGACGUUACCAAUGAACGGAUUGCCGAAGACGGUGUUGCCGACGACGUUACCAAUGAACGUUUUGCCGACGACGCCGUUGCCGAUGACGAUUAUGAUGUAGCACACACUACACUUGAUUGGAGGCCUAUAAAUGGGUAGACAUAAGACAUCAUCCACGAUGGAUGAUUAAAGGAUGUUUGAGGUCAUCAAUAAUAUAAUAACAGAUUUGUU